AUGUGGUAUUCUGUAAGAUAUGUACCUUUGCCAUCUCAUAUCUAUUCCUGCAUCGAGUUGGAGGAAUUGAUACUGAACAGGUAUUUUAUUUUGAAACCUCCACCCACUGAUUUUGAAGGCUUUAAACAUAUUCGCAAACUUGAGCUCGAUUCAAUAACAAUUGAGGGUGAUAUACUUCAGAGUUUGAUUGCGAUUUGCCCCAAACUUACUAUACUAACGCUCAAGUAUUUGGGCAUUAAUUCAAUUAAUCGUGAAGAAGCUGCUGAAAUAGCUGAUGUCAUAAAAAAUCUUGCAGCUUCUUGUCAUCUCAAGUCGCUUCACCUAAGGGACUUCUUCAUAUCGUCGUCUACGCUCUUUGUUGAAAUCGAAAAAAUGAAAUUGUUUCCUUUGGCACUUACCCACCUCUGUGAACUGUCUCUGGGAGUACUUGAUUUUGAUGACUUUGGUGAAUUUUCUUGCACUUUCGGUUUUAUUCAAAGCUGCCCAUCCAUUAAGAAGCUCGCUAUCAAUGUUGCUUCAAGGGAAGAUGUAGAAAAUCAGCAUAAUUAUGAUUAUGACAAUAACUAUAAAUUAGGGCAACUGGUCAAGGUGGAUAUUAAUGGUGUUACAGGUUGCUUUAUAAGUGGUGCAACAUCAGCAGUAAUAUACUUCUCCAUCAUAAUGGUCCUGGAAGAUGGGGAUGAAUAUCCACCACUGCCUUCUCAUAUAUUCUUUUAUUUGUCGGGAUUUGGUGAAGUUGAAACUUAA